GGUGUCCAAACUGACAAUGCUGGUGAGAUGAAGAUAGUGUUGUUGCUGCUUCUGGGCUCACGGAGGACGACGAGAGGAAUCUACAAGCCGACAAGAUGAGAUCCAAGGCGAGGGCGAGAAAACUGGCCAAAAAUGACAGUGAGCCAGUGGACAGCAUGUACGACACAGAGGCUGACCUCCUGGGUUUAGCAGCCGGCGGCGGAGGUGGUGCCGACAGCCCAGAAGAUGAUGCAGAAGACGGCAUCAUCAGCAUGUCCCCCCUGCCCUCACCUAUUCCUUCCCAUCCAAACAACAACCACCACCACCUGCUGCACCCUCACAUCUAUGCCACCCACCACCACCACCUUCACAACAACAGCAACAGCAGCAGCAAUGACCAGGACUUCACCACACCCAAGGAGGGCUCGCCCUACGAGGCACCUGUCUACAUUCCAGACGACAUUCCCAUUCCCAGCGAACUAGAGCUGCGGGAGUCCUCUGUGCCCGGUGCAGGUCUGGGUGUUUGGGCCAAGACCCGCAUUGAUGCUGGUGAGAGGUUUGGUCUUCAUAGCACGCUGCAUCAUGGGGCCACGGGCAAAGACAGCUCCUUCGGAUGGGAGCAGAUGAUGAAUGACCAUGAAGAAGCCUCCCCUGACAGCUGCAUCAAAAAGGUGGUGGACGACAUGGGCAACGUCAAGUUUGCACUGGACACAGGCCCGGACGGCACCAGCUGGCUCAAAUACGUCCGCUCCGCCCCGUCAUUUGAGGAGCAAAACCUUGCCGCCUGUCACCUCACUGGAGACCAGAUUUAUUAUAAAGCUGUCCGGGACAUUGAAGCAGGGGAGGAGCUUUUAGUGUAUAUGAAGGACGGGAUUUUCCCCGAGGGAUCCAUGGCACCCAACCUACAAGACGAGCAGAUGUACCGCUGUGAAGACUGUGAUGAGCUGUUCUCCUCAACACUCGAGCUGCGGCGGCACCAGAAGUAUUCAUGCUCCAGUACAGGCUCCAUCUUUGACACACUGAGAGAAGACUUCAAACAGGAACGUGAGGACAGCGACGAACCCGUCCACGAGUGUAAAGACUGUGAGAAGAUCUUCCCAAAUGAGUACAGUCUGGGCCAACACAUGAUAGUCCAUACAGAGGAGAGGGAGUACAAGUGUGACCAGUGCCCCAAAGCCUUCAACUGGAAGUCCAACCUCAUCCGUCACCAGAUGUCACAUGACAGUGGCAAGCGUUUUGAGUGUGAAAACUGUGAUAAGGUGUUCACAGAUCCCAGCAACCUUCAACGCCACAUCCGCUCCCAACACGUGGGGGCACGUGCUCACACAUGUCCUGAGUGUGGCAAGACCUUUGCCACCUCGUCAGGCCUCAAGCAGCAUAAGCACAUCCACAGCAGUGUUAAACCUUUUAUCUGUGAGGUGUGCCACAAAUCAUACACCCAGUUCUCCAACCUUUGCCGCCACAAACGUAUGCAUGCUGACUGCCGCACCCAGAUCAAGUGUAAGGACUGUGGGCAGUUGUUCAGCACUACCUCCUCCCUCAACAAACAUCGUCGCUUCUGUGAGGGCAAAAACCAUUAUGGCUCUCCAGCAGGGAUGUUCAACCCUGGCAUCCCCAUGAGCUCCAGCCCCAUCAUGGCCAAGGCCAAGUCUCACCAUCCUCACCUUGCAGGUCUAAACCAGUCAGGUUUAGGCUUCACUGACUACUUUCCCUCUCGACCUCACCCUCACGCUGGCUUGCCCUUUUCCACAGGACCUCAUGGCUUCCCAUCCCUCCCACAUGGUUUCCCAGGUAUCUUCCCCCCAUCAUUGUAUCCCCGACCACCUUUAUUGCCAGCCAGUUCAUUGAUAAAGAACCCUCUGGGUUGCAGCAGUCAGGAGGUGAAACUGCCCCGGAGUCCCCUAGAUGCCCCUCCUCUGUCCCUGGUUAGCUCCACAAACAGCAAUGGAGGCCACAGUUUGAGUCAGUUGGAAGACAAAGAGAAAGAGAACAAACUGGAUUUGUCUUCUAGUGGAGAAGCCAAACCUAAAUCGAAGAUGGCAGACAUGUCUGAUUGUAGUGACCUUGAAGACGUUAAUACCACAAGUGGGACAGAUUUGGACACCACCACUGGUACUGCUUCAGGUGACGGUUCUGACCUGGAUAGUGAUGGAGAGAGUGAACGUGAGCGAAGUGGUAAAAGAAGGAAGCCGUCUGGGACUGUGUCAAGUCAAGAAGGUCACCAGAUAGAAGACACAAACAGUGCGUUGAUAUCAGCCGUGUCUUGUUCGGGGAACCUUGCUAUUGAUCGUCCCUUUCUCUCUUCUGCAUCAUCCCAGCACUCCUUCUUCCCUCCGCCUGAUGAGCAAGCCCUCCCGCCCACCACUGCAAAUGCCAAUUCAGCCACCACAGAUUCCAUUAAAGCCAUCGCCUCUAUUGCUGAGAAAUAUUUUGGUCCAGGUUUGAUUGGUCUUCAUCAGGAGAAAAAGAUGGGUCCACUGCCCUACCAUUCCAUGUUUCCCUUCCAGUUCCUGCCUAACUUCCACAACUCCCUCUAUCCCAUCGGCGCUGAUCGAGGGGCCCUCAAUCCUAGCAUGUUCUUUAAGGCAGAGCCCAAGUCACCUCGUGAGCAGCUGCACAAGAUGGUUUCUGGUGUACCAGGAGCUCCUGCUUCCACAGCAGAGUCACCAUUUGAUCUCACCACAAAGCCCAAGGACACCAAGGUAGCUCCUUCUACCCCAACAAACCCCUCAAACCCCAACAGUACUUCUGGGAGCAGUAGUGGAACUUUAGCAAUAUCAAGUGGUGAAGAACAGCCGUUGGACCUUAGCAUUGGCAGCCGGAACCGUGGUGGUCAUAAUGGUGUGGCAGCUGAGCCACAAAAUAGAAAAAACCACAUCUUUGGAAUUGGAAAGGGGGUCUCUAUCAAGGAUGAAACCCCAGCUGGGUUUCCACACCCUCAUUCCCAGUUACUGCACCAAUCCUCAAUGUCCCAGCACCAGCAGCCCCAGGCACAGCCACACCAGCCGCCACCCCUGCACUAUGCCAAGCCAUCAGCAUUCUUCAUGGACCCCAUAUACAGCAGGGUGGAGAAGAGGAAGCUACUCGACCCUGUAGGAGCUCUGAAGGAAAAGUUCCUCAGGCCCUCACCACCACUCUUCCAUCCACAGAUGUCAGCCAUGGAGAACAUGACAGAGAAGCUGGAGAGCUUUGGUGCUCUAAAACUAGACGCACCACCCAAUUCACUGCAACACUCGGCUCAUCCACUCUUCAACUUCCGCUCACCGCCACCUUCCCUCUCAGAUGCCAUCCUCCGCAAGGGCAAGGAGCGUUACGCAUGCAGGUACUGCGGGAAAAUCUUCCCUCGUUCAGCAAACCUCACCAGACACUUGCGGACACACACAGGGGAACAACCCUACAGGUGUAAAUACUGUGACCGCUCAUUCAGCAUCUCAUCCAAUCUUCAACGCCACGUUCGCAACAUCCAUAACAAGGAGAAACCCUUCAAGUGUCACCUGUGCAACCGCUGCUUUGGUCAGCAAACCAACCUGGACCGCCAUCUCAAGAAGCACGAGCAUGAGAACAUUCCUGUGAGCCAACAGUCCGGGAUGCUUUCCAACCUAGGAACCACCAUCUCCUCCCCAAACUCCGAGCCAGACAAUCAUGCACUUUUAGAUGAGAAGGAGGACUCGUACUUCUCAGAAAUCCGCAACUUCAUUUCAAACAGUGAGAUGAACCAGGCCUCCAGCUCCACGGAUAAGAGAUCAGACCAGGCAGAGGAGGAGCAGCCACCAAGCCACAGUUUGUCCAACUCCAAACUAGGGCUCCAGGGCCUGGAGGAGGAGGAAGAGGAAGUGGAGGGCGACGAUGAAGAGGAGGAGGAAGGCAGCCUGACAGAGAAGUCUCACGACGAGGCGCCCGAGUCCCCGAGUCCCGUCACAACAGGAGUGUAUGAGGAGGACGAGGAGGAGGAAGAGACGGAGACGGCUCCUUUAGCUAUGAGCUAUGAACACACUCGCAGGUGUAUAGAGGAGCAGGGGUCUCUCUUGGACCUGGAGGGUCUGCCCAGCUUUCCCAAGAGCCUGGAGGGGUUACGUAAAGCAGCCAGUGAAGAGCAACCCUUUGAUGUUAAAGACAUAUUUAACACUUCGCUAGAGUCGGAGGCAUUGAAAGAGACAUUGUACAGGCAGGCUAAAACCCAGGCUUAUGCAAUGAUGCUGUCUCUCUCAGAGAACAACCCUUUGCACGCGCCCUCCCAGAACUCUCUGGAUGCUUGGCUGAGCAUGGGAGGUGGACCGUCUGAGACAAGCAGCUUUCACCCGCUCAACCACAUCUAGAUGAGAGAGAGAGGAAGAGAGAGAGAGAGGAAGAGUAGGAGAAACAUAAGUUUUGCAAAUGGGUAGAUACAAGAGACUGGUUGGACGUGAAUAUUGAGAAUAUGUGGAGACCGGAGAAGAAUUCAGUGUCACAUACAUUCAAGAUAGAAAGAAUAUAUUUGUGUGGAUAUGUGUGUUCAUUUGUGUGCGCGUGUUUGUGUGUGAGUGUGAGAGAGAAUGAGGAGGGGGAAUUUGUCCCUAUAGGUGAGGUGUCUCGCAAGACUCUAUCAAAGAGAAAGCACUGCUAAGCUCCUGUUGAUGUGAAGGACAUGAUGAAUGCUUCUCAACAGCAUUAACACUCUGCAUUUUUCCUCCAGUCCACAAGGCUCACCCCAGCACCACAGAGACCCUACGUAAGGCUCUCUUAAAGACACUUAAUGACGAGUAUGUCUCUAAAGUCUGUGUACACGGCCUACUACAAGCACUGCAGCAUCAGCACUGCAUUAGCACUGAGUGUCCACAAGGUGGUGGUGUUUCACUAGGAACAUAGUGGGCGCGUGCACUAUUGUCUCCAGGUUUCCGCCACCAAUCAUGGGCAACUCAUUUACUGAUCUUGUUUCAGUUAUAACUGCAGAAUCAACAUUAGCACCACACUAAAUGUUACUUGAGGAAAUGACAGUUCCAGUAGUUGGUUGAUUUUUUUGAGUGAUUACAUGGUGAAUGAUGUUCAAUGUUCAAAUGUGCACAGCAACUGGUGAUUUUAAUGAGUUAUGUGGGACACUAGCCGUUGUAACUGGUUACCCAAUUUGAUCAUGCUGAAAAUGAAUUUAAAUCAUACUCAAAGAAUGAGGAAAGUCUUUCUCUGCUUGUUUAUUUCAUCGUCAUUUGUUAAUUUUAUUUUAGUUUCUUUCCUCUUAGAUACCACAGUAUUGUUUCUUUGUAGGCACCACCGUGCUAAAUUGUUAAUAUAAUUAUUUUAGAGAAGGACCAAAAUUGUAUGAUAUUGUCAUAUGAUGUACAAAAUAACCUAGAUGUUCAUAGCAAGAGUGGUAUGUGCCAAAUAACCCAUAGAAAAUGUUUUGUUCUCUGACAAUCAUUUCAUUUCCAAGGGGCUUGCCUUUGCUGUCAUAGUUUGUUUGUUUUUUCUUACUACGCUCUUAUAAAUUUGAUUUCUGAAGUGUGUGUAUGUAUUUAUUUUUGGUUGUUUUGUCAUGACUGGAGGAGUAAAAAUGAAGAAAAGUCAUUUUAUCCCUCUUUUCUUGUUGCUGAAGGAAUGAACGCCUACCAGAACACGAGGGAGAUUCUGAAUCUCUGGUUUUGAUGCGUUAGUGUGCCAAAAUGGAAAGAACCCAUGAAAUUAAUUGUUUUAUUUAUAGUGAAAGAUAGUUGUAGUUAGUUUUAGAUCCUAUUUGGCAUUGUAACGUCCUGCAGUGUUUAGUUGUUGUUUUUUUUAUUCAGUUCAACCCAGUAUGCUGAAUGCAUCUUAUUCAAAUCGCUUCAAAUAUUAUGGGGGGGCGUCCAGACCUGGACAAUUUUCACUAUAAAUGUCAGAAAGGGGCAUUACAUUGUCAAACUAUUGAAUCUAACUAGUUUCUACCACAUUAAGCUCCCUUUUCCCUCUGUUUUUCAUUUGAUACAUGUAGUGUAACCAGUGAAUAUUUUCUUUUAAAUUAGUUGUCCUAUAUAACACAAUCCAAAAGUCUAAAACGGUCAUAUCUGCAUGAACAUCUGGUCUUCACUGCAUUGGAGUGACAAAAUUGCUGGUCAUGCAAGAAAUAAGGCAAGGACUCAUGAGACCAAAACAAGAGAGUCAACUAAACACAGAUAGUGUUAAAACACACUGUCAUUCUGCUGGUCCAUCCUUCCAACACAUGUAAAAAAAACAAGAGUCUACUUGAUUCUAGAUGGGGAAAAGAGAAACACUUGAUCAUGAGUAUAACUUUAUAUUCCCUGUUCUACUUGUGAGAUCAUACUGAAAGCUCUACAAGGUAGCUGUGCCAUGGAGGGCAUGAGUCAUUUACUGUAGAUAACUGUAGAUAGCUGCAGGAGGCAGGGGGGGGUAAGCAUUGUUGAUCAUUGUUGCCUUGAUCCUUCCUGCGUACUGGGACUUUCAGAACUAGGCCUGAUGCUGUAUUUUCAAAUUUAACCAUAUGGGUCCAAGCCAUAAAUUGAUCAGGCUUACGUCUCUAGAACUUAGAACACAGAUACAUUUUCUGGCUAGUUUCACUUUUAGCAAAUGAGCAACUCCUGCUCAAUAGGAGAAAUAAAAUAAAAAAAAUCUGAAACAGAAGCACUGUAAUUUUUCUUCACCACAGCAGGUGGUAGUGUGAUGCUAGGACUGAUGUGUCAUCUCAUUUUUCUAAAGACAGAAGUCUUUUUUUUAUAUAAUUCUACUGAAUGAGAUUUCAUUCAUGGUAAACACAUUGUUUUCCAACUCAUGGUUAUAAAAUGUAAAGACUUGGGUUGCUAAGUUUUUAGUUGACUAUAUGUAGUAAUUCAUGUCAUGGACUACUGUAAUAAGUACGCGCUGUGUAAAGCAAAGGAAUUGAAGGCAUUGAAGUAUUCCAUUUUGCCAACUUCAGAAAGUAUUCUGGCAGAUGGUCGCUGACAUAUGUUUCAGCAUGAUAGAACAUGGUUGCUGUUUUCCCCCCACUGUUACAGGAGAUAGUAAAAAUAUACAUAUUGUUUCUUUUUAACUGUAUAGUAUUUUAAAGAAUGAAAAACAAUGAUGCAUUUGUCUGAAGAAAAAAAUCAUUGAAAAAUAUGGGUUUAAAUGGAUGGUGCUUGUUUUGUUUGAAUCUGAGUUGUAUAUCGCCUCUGUUAUGUUUAUUGAAAACAAACAAAAAAAAGAUAUUGUGCAUGACGUGUUUAGCAGUCAUAAUGAUGUCCAUUUGUGAAAUGUGUAUCAAAUCAAAAAAUGAGAAAAAAAGAAAAGAAAAAAAUAAAUCCGUAGAUGCACUUAUUGUACAUGUGGUUAGGUUAGUAGGUUUGACUUCAAGUUCUUGACUGCCUUACAGGUGGCUCUGAAAGACAUAGAAAAGACUUGUGGGAGAAGACAUAAUGAAAAACAAUAAAGGAUUGUAGAGUAAUAUUGAACAAUUCUGAAAUUGCAGUUCUUUUGAUGCUUGUGAUUAUUGAAGAUGUACUUUAGAGAAAUUUCAUUGAAAAGAUAUGACUCUGAUGUUAAUUCUGUAGAAUAGCAAUGUAUACCAAAUGUAAUCUUUCCAAUGCUAUGAAGAAUUUAUACAUGAAAUUGAUAUGCAAUAAAACCUGUGUGCUUUUUAAA